CUACCGAUUUACAUACCUUCUACCAUGGAGCCAUCUCCUCUCGGACAGCUGGGAAAGUUGCCCUAUGAAAUCCGACUGGAAAUCUACGAAAGACUGUUCACCAUGAAGAACACCCCCCUUAGCAUUUUUUCCAGCUCUCGAGCUAUCUACAAGGAAAUAACCGAUCGUCUUUACGACACGCUGAACAUACAUCUGACUCCAUCGUUGAAAGACCCCUGGAUCGAGGUUCACUGCCAGCGAAUGCGAUUACACUGGUCCAUACACGAUUAUUGUCUGGAUUGCCAACAUAGGUUCGCACGGGUACCAUACCACAAGGUGAAUCUGGUCGUCCAUAUCUACGCCCCCGACCCACGAGACCCAGGUCAAAUAGUCUUGCUAUGGCAGAAGACGGACUACCUGGUUGGACUCCUCCAGAAUGCUACUAUUGCCUCCCUCGUUGUCCGCCUGCGAGAGGACCAAGGUCACGACUGGCAAGAGGGAGGUCAUGUAGUAGAGAGCAUCCCGUAUCCAAACGGCACCCGUCCAGAUCACCACAUCGUCUUUCUACCCUUCUGCUGCCUAUCCAAUGUUCGGGAAUUACAUAUAGUCCCAGAUACUCGUCGCAUGGACCGCGUCACCGACUGGGGUCUGGUGAAUUACGGUCGUGACUUCAUCCUGAACAAUGGGUAUCGGAACUACAACGAUGGCCCUCUGAGUCAAGAUCGGGAGUACAGAGAUAUUGUCCGAGAGUUCGAUGAUAUUGACGCUCUGGUUCGAGAUACCAACUUUUUCCUGGAGACGCGCCUGAAUGAUCUACCUGGUCAUACCGCAGCGAUGCUUCGCCUUGCUCGUGCUGCCCAUUGGCCCCCGGAGAAAAUGGGUAACACAUCCAGGGUUAAGCGUUGCUUGUUGGAUAUCCGGCAAUAUCCACGCUCGGUGGCGCUUCAUGAUCCCGGCCUGAAGAGCGAAUCCUUUCGUGUGGAGGGGCUCACAGAUCUCUACCGAUUGUCUGGAUAUAGGUCACUCAGAUGGUCAUGGCGAGAAUGGUGUAAGCGCUAUCCCCAAGGACUCCUCCCCAAUCGGGAUAACUCCACUCUAGGAGCCGCUCCCUGGUAUGACUGGAGCUUUGAAGUCCUGAGCCUGACGGGGAAAUAUUAUGAGAAUAUCAGGAACUAUCAGCAACGAAACUGGGGGACUGAUGAACCCGGAUGUCGGCGUCGAUGCUUUGAACAGGACUGGUGUACCGACUGUCGCCGGAUAGGAUAUCAAACUGGAUGUGAUCAGGACUGCGAGAGCCUACAUGAAAUUGACUAUGUGGAGUACUGGGAUCAGGAUUCCGAUAAUCAUGCUUCUGAAAUUGACUAUAUUAGUUAGUUAGUCGGAUGAUAUAUGAGCAAUCAUCCAAAUCAUAUCAAUGAAUG